AUGUUCUUCCUAAGCUGGUGCGGUGUGCACUUCACCUACUUCAGCAGCGGGUUGCUCAAGCGCCGUCUGCUCGAUAUUGAGCAGCACUACUUUUACCGUUUUAUAGAGAUUUAUGGCUACGUUAUGUACCCAACACUGGGCAUAACAUUCAGCUGUCUGAUAUGGGUGCCGUAUUUCGCAGGCACGCUGAAGAGCUAUGAGGGUGUGGAGCUUUGCCUCCAUGAGCCAGAUUAUUGCGGCCGGGAUCCAAUGAUCAUUGCCAAAGAUGCGGCUCAACUAAAUUUCAUGUUUCGGAUUGCAUUUUGGGUCGCGUCAGUUGGAAUGGCCCUCUAUCUGACUAUAGUCGUCACGGCGAUCGCAGAACUAUGUUCAAAGGACCUCAAGUUGAGCCCCGGCGCCUAUGAAAGGCAAAAGUACUUUACAAAAAUUUUCCUGCUUCAGAACGUAUGCGCGGUUGGCUGUGUAACUGUGCCGGGAGUUUGUCUAUUCCUCGGGCUUAUGGGAAUUGACAAUCCGUUCGUAUUAACGAUUGGCCAGAUUACAUUUUUACUCGUCGAAGGACACUCGCUGUGUAAUGCUUUGGUAUUUAUUUUUGCGACAAAGGCUUACCGGGAUCGGCUGUGGAGAUGGGCAACUUUUGGCAGAGAAUUGAACGGCGUCAAGAUACAUCUUGUAAGCCUGCCAAAUGCAGCGUCAAUCUCCGAAGUCAACUUCAUCAACAUGAAAACAACCGCACACUUUGCGAGCCUUCCA